CCGGGGCUGAUGCCGAGGGGCUGAAGGCUCCGGGCGGCACCUGCGCGGUGGGGGCGUCGCGUCGGGCGCCCCCCUUCCUGCCUCCGUCUCCCCCUCACGCUCUCCAGCUCCCCUUCACUCGACGGGCCGGAGGUGCCUCCUGCCCUGAGGCGGAAGCGAGGGCGCCCUCACGCCCUCCGCCCCAGAGGAGGACUCGGCGCUUUCUCCCGGAGCGGGCCCAGGAAAAAGCAGAAAAGACCAUGGGGUGUAUUAAAAGUAAGGAAGAUAAAAGUCCUACAAUGAAAUAUAGGACUGAGAAUGCUCCAGAACCCAUUACUUCCCAUGCCAGCCAUUAUGGAACAGAUCCAACCCAAGCAAACCAGUCACCUGCAAUAAAGGGAUCAUCAGUUAAUUUUAACAGCCAUUCCGUGACUCCUUUUGGUGGGCCAUCUGGGAUGACACCGUUUGGAGGAGCAUCUUCCUCAUUUUCAUCUGUGCCAUGUCCAUAUCCUAGCGGUUUAACAGGUGGCGUUACUAUUUUUGUGGCCUUAUAUGACUAUGAAGCCAGAACUACAGAUGACCUUUCAUUCAAGAAGGGUGAACGGUUCCAGAUAAUCAAUAACACGGAAGGAGACUGGUGGGAAGCACGAUCAAUUGCAACAGGAAAGAGUGGCUACAUUCCUAGCAAUUACGUAGCUCCUGCAGACUCCAUUCAAGCAGAAGAAUGGUAUUUUGGUAAGAUGGGCAGGAAAGAUGCAGAGAGAUUACUUUUAAAUCCUGGGAACCAACGUGGUAUUUUCUUAGUCCGUGAGAGUGAAACCACAAAAGGUGCUUAUUCCCUUUCUAUACGUGACUGGGAUGAGGUUAGAGGUGACAAUGUGAAACACUACAAAAUUAGAAAACUUGAUAAUGGUGGAUAUUACAUAACAACUAGAGCACAAUUUGAAUCUUUGCAAAAGCUGGUCAAGCACUAUACAGAUCAUGCUGAUGGCCUGUGUCAUAAAUUAACAACUGUGUGCCCAACUGUGAAACCUCAGACACAAGGUUUAGCAAAAGAUGCCUGGGAAAUUCCUAGAGAGUCUUUGCGGCUAGAGGUUAAGCUGGGUCAAGGAUGCUUUGGCGAAGUAUGGAUGGGAACAUGGAACGGAACUACAAAAGUAGCAAUCAAAACACUAAAACCUGGUACAAUGAUGCCAGAAGCUUUCCUACAAGAAGCUCAAAUAAUGAAGAAAUUAAGGCAUGAUAAACUUGUUCCACUUUAUGCUGUUGUUUCUGAGGAGCCAAUCUACAUAGUCACUGAAUUCAUGACAAAAGGUAGCUUGCUAGACUUUCUUAAGGAAGGAGAAGGGAAAUAUUUAAAGCUUCCGCAGUUGGUGGAUAUGGCUGCUCAGAUUGCAGAUGGCAUGGCCUACAUUGAAAGAAUGAACUACAUUCAUAGAGACCUUCGGGCAGCUAACAUCCUUGUAGGAGACAACCUGGUGUGCAAGAUUGCAGACUUUGGCUUAGCAAGGUUAAUAGAGGACAAUGAGUACACUGCUAGACAAGGGGCCAAAUUCCCAAUUAAGUGGACAGCACCUGAAGCUGCAUUAUAUGGUCGGUUUACAAUUAAAUCUGAUGUCUGGUCAUUUGGAAUUUUGUUGACAGAGCUUGUAACAAAGGGUCGUGUGCCAUAUCCAGGCAUGGUAAACCGGGAAGUUUUGGAACAAGUGGAACGUGGCUAUAGAAUGCCUUGUCCUCAAGGAUGCCCAGAAUCUCUCCAUGAGUUAAUGAAACUGUGUUGGAAGAAAGAUCCUGAUGAAAGACCAACAUUUGAGUAUAUUCAAUCUUUCUUAGAAGACUAUUUUACUGCAACAGAACCACAGUACCAGCCUGGAGAUAAUUUAUAAGUCUUUGGCCUACAUUCAUUGCACAAAUCUGCCAAAUAUAAAAUACUUCCAAAAAAAAAUCCUUGCUGAUUGGAAGGACUCAGAGGAAAGCAAAUUGCCAUUUGCAUGCUCUUGAUGGCUAGCAAACUGGAAUUCCAUAAUACAAUUGCACAAAACCACUUUUUAAAGUGUUAUACCCAAAUGUACCAAUGAUGUGAUAUUUUCCUUCCUUAUUCUGUCAGGGUCCAGAAGAAGCAUACCUUAAAAUUGGUGGUAAAAUGAGUGCUACCAUUACAGUUCAUAAGAGUGGCACAGCUAAUCUGUUUCUUUUUCUCUUGUCUUAUCUGUACUGCAAAGGGAACACCAGCAAUUAGAUAAACUUCUGAAUGGAAAUGUUCUGAGAAUAAGAAAGGAGGUGUACGGGACCAAACAAUUCUGUUCCAAUUUUAUAAAAUGUCCUGUGUCCAAAAAUUGAGAUAGCACUACAGUUGUGAUCUUGAGACCCAUUUUACAUUGAUUUAAUUAUGAUAGGAAAGUAUUCUUUUAAAAACCAGACAAUUUAUGAUAAACUUGAUUAAAUUGUAGACCUCAGUAGUGGAAGUGAAGAGCAUUAAUGCACUGUAGAGAUACUUUUAUGUUAAUGUAACUGAAAAUUAGUAUAUGCAAGUUGAUCUCCCCCACUCCACCCCCACUUCUGCUAUACUCUAAUUAUAAAUUAUAAAGGUAACCACAAGUUGAAUUAAUGCAAUCAGGGGGAAAGAGAAAGUCUCAUCAUUCUUUCAAGAGGUAGCCUUUCAGAGAGAAAUGCCCUGUGAAACAUGCCUCAAUCUUGUGAGCUUCUUUCAGGAGAGAGAGAGAGAGAAAGAAAGAGAGAGAGGGAGGGAGAGGUGGUCAGUAGAUACAUAUGCUUCCUAUAAAACAUUGCUAGUUCAGGGAUUCACAAAAUUGCACUUCUGCUUUUCUUAAGAAGAUACUCUUAUGUAUCAUUAACAAAGUAUUUAUGGGAAAAAGUGUGAAAAGUUGAGGAGCCCAAUAUAUUUAGUAUUAGAUUAUUGACAGCAAAUUAUUGAUGGUUAGUUGGCCCAGCUGUUGCAUACUAUAUUCAAGCACCAAGCCAACAGAGCAUGCAUACAGAACAGGGUUUGCACAUGGAAGGGCUGUUUAGAAAAGCCAAACUCCCACCAAUAAGUGGCUGUGUGUGGAAGGGGGAGUGGUUGGUAGGACAUACCAUUCACCCCACUAGAUUCAGCUAGUGGCAAGUGUGGAGGAGCCUUCUUCCACCUGCAUAUUGUCCUUAGUUAUAUUUGGAAGUAAUAGUAGUUAACAUAACCUCUGACAUAUCAAGCAAUAAUAUGCCGUUGGCAUUGUUAGAAUUUGCCAAUUUUACUUUUAAAAAAAUUCUGCACAACAAACUUUUUCUGUGAAAAUUAUGAUCAACAUCAUUGUCAUAUCAGACAAAUCGUAUGGAUUUAGUUCUUAAUGGUUACAUUUGUUGCAUCGGGAGUUUUGAAUUCUGCUCCUACAAUAUUUUUUGUAAAACGGUGCAAUUAUGUUGCAUUUUCCCUUAUCAUUUAUGCACCCCUAACUAUGAAAUUUUCUAAGGGUUCUAUGUAGAAAAUAAAUUAUGAGAUUGUGAUUUUUCCUGUAUGUUAGAAUGGGUAAUGCAAUUACAUUUAUGUAAUAAUGCAACACAUCAGUAAAUUAUUCUGAUAUUGAUUGGAUGUUUAUUAACAAAUGGAACAAUUCAUUGUAGCAACAUUUGUAUAGUGAGGAAAUAAAAAAACACUUAACUUUAUGAGCCAGUUCAUGAAAAACGAUUAUGUAUUUUAAAAAGAAUGCCCUCAGUAUCUACAACUUUCUUUGUGAUAAGUCUUUUACCUCAAAUCUUUGAUGUAAUUAAGCUGUUUUGGCAAAUAAGAACUUGACACUGACAUACUUUUUUUAUUAAAAGUAAUACAAUACACUACAAAAAUUAAUUAUUUUUAUAAAGUAUGUUUUUAAUUUUGUUUAACAGGAUUGAUUUUAAAUUAAAUUCACCCAAAUUAUAGCAGCUUAUCUUUUUUAAAGAAAGACAAGAAAAACCCUGAUAGGUUCCUGAGCUGCUUUCUUAUGCCAGUAUGACAUAGGGGUUAGAGUGCCAAGGAGAGCAGGGUGCAAGUCCCCACUUGGGAUUCCUGCUCACUGGGGGUCCCUAGGCCAGGCACUGCCUCUCAGCCUAACCUACCUCACAGGGUUGUUGUGGGGAUGGGGGAGAGCUAUGGGUGCCACCUUGGGCUGAAAAGGGCGGCCUAUAAAUGCAAUAAAUAAAAUAAAUAAAUUGAACAUCACUUUAGAACUCUAGAGGAUUAUAAGAAUCACUAUUCUGUUGGCGUUACAUUUUGCAUUCUUCUAAACAUUUUUUUCAGCAGUCCAUAUAGACUAUAACUUGCAGGUGUCGGGGCUUACUUAAUUUCUCCCCCUUAGAAUAUUAAUUACUUUUCAUAAAUUAUUUUCUCGGUCCUGUUUCCAUAUCAGUGAGCAAGUGAACCCUUCUAAGAUACGCUCUGAACUGUUUCCCCUUACCAAUUAACGAUAAGAAAACACUAACGACUGCUUUGCUCCAUGUGGAUGAGGCGUCUUGUGAUAUUAUGAAUGUUUUGUUAUUAAUUUGUAUACUUCGCAGCGGUUCUUGGGCUACAGUCCCAGGAUUGCAGCCGUAUUUGUGGAUAUUCCCUGCUCCAGUACUUUGCCAACUAGAUCAGAGACUGAACUGUACCAUGAAUGGAAUAGUAUCACUGCUAUGUGUGUGUGUGGAUCUCAGGAUUUUCUCCCCUCCACUUCCUUCCACAUGUGUGAGUUGCAUUGGUAGAUGUUGGGGAGUUUGCACCCCACAGCAGCCUCUUGCAUGAGUGGUGUGUGUGUGUGGUUGUGGUUUGCUCCUCAGUGGACUGGGAGUGAUUAAGAAAAUUAUGCAGAAACACAGCUGAAAAGAAUGGAUGCCACCAUUUCCUUGUGUUGCUCCUGUUCAUUUCAAAGGGAUCCGUGCUGGGAAAGUUCCCAACAGAUUGUGCUGUUGGUUAUAAUUUCUCAGACACUACUUCCAUGCCAUCUCAGCUCGUUUUUAAUGCAAACGACACAAAAGCUUAGUUUUGUUUAUUGUUUCCCAUGUCUUCUUCCACAACCUCAUUCUUCAUUCAAUAUUGUACAGCCAAUCCCACAUCUCCAGUGUACAGAAGUGCCGCUGUAUAUUAUGACUGUAGAAAUCCUAGUAUACUGUUUUCUAAACAAAACAAAACGACGAUGCAAACUUUUUACAUGUUUUCAACUACUACAUUUAUUGUAUUUUCAGCACUUGCGCUACUGUAAUCAAUCAUUUAAGAAUGAUUUUGAUAUUUUAAUGGAAACAGUUAUGUAACAUUUCUGAUUAAAACUGUAUUGCAAACCUUGCCCAUCUGUUUUGUUGAAGCUACAUUGUGUGGUAACUUUUCAUUUUUAAAUUUUGGUUUGGUUUUCCUAUCAUGCUGUGUACACAAGCUUAAAUAUUUUUAAUAUUUUAUUACUUUUGCAUAAUUAAACUUCCUAAAGUAUAA